AUGAUGGAACCCUCUGAAGACUCAUUUGAGACGAUGAUGGAGCUUAAGAAUCCAUCAUCAAAACAAAUGGAGUCCUCCGAGGGCUCAUCCAACACCGUUGAAGAAGCACCAGGCAGCAGCGGGGCGCAGGCGGGGGCACAGGCCGGCUCAGACAGUGGCCUGGCCCAGGAAGAAAAGGAGCCACCCAGUGGCCCCCUCCAGGAAAUGCAAGAGCUGCCCACUAAUCUAAUCCAAGACGAGGAGGAGCCAUCCAGUGGCCCUCUCCAGGAAAUGCAAGAGCUACCCACUGAUCUAAUCCAAGACGAGGAGGAGCCAUCCAAAUCAAGUAAUAGCUCAAACCAGGGAGGGUCGGAUCCACUCAGUGAGGCAUCCGAUUACAGUAUGGAUGAAGCAAACAACUCAUCCAAGACCCAGUCAGAUCAAGAUGAUACUGACCUGAGAGAUGGAGGAGAGGAGGAAGAUCCUCAAGAGGAAGUUCAGCCCAGGAGCACUCCAGAAGACAUCAUGGCGUCGAUGGGGUCCAUUAUCUCGAUGUUCCUCAGGAUGCCGGACCUCAAAGAACAACAGAGAGUGGCAGAAAGGAUCAUGGCGCAAGCCAUCGACGAAGGUCGCCUGCCCGCCCUCAUGCACUACUCUGGUGAUCGCAGACACUACUAUGAGUUCAUCGUGCUCUGCCAGAUGACCAUGCAGAACUACCCAGCCAUGUUAUGCAACGAUCAGCGGAAAGUGAGAUUUCUCAUCAGCCACCUGAAAGACAUAGCCUUAGAAUGGGCCAACAAGCUAAUAGAAGAGAACAGGUCCCUGAUAAACAACUUCCCAGCCUUCCUUGAGGCCAUGUCAGAAAAGUUCGAGUACCGGCAGACACUGCGUGUGGCUGAAGACGCCAUGUUCAACAUCAGGCAGGGCAACCGCUGUGUGGCUGAUUACAUCAAUGAGUUCCGGAGUCUGAUACCCACCUUAGGUUGGUCAGACGAAGUCCUGAAGGCCCAUCUGUGCCAGGGGCUCAAUGAAGAAAUCAGGCAUUAUUUGUUUCGGAUGCCUCAGUCAGAAUGCCUGGACAACCUGAUUGUACUUGUCCUGCAACUUGAAGAGAUGCUGGCGGAGAGAAGAGCAUUACUCAGGCUGCCCCCUCAAUCCCGCCCAAGAAGGCUAGCCUGGAGGGACAGACCUGCCCCAGAGAAGUGGAGUGUGAGCACCUGGCUGCCCUAUGAGAAGCACCCAGGCAUUAAUCGUCAACACCUCUUCUUGAUGCUCUUGGUGAGAGUGAACCCCUACCACAGUAUCGCAGUGAAGGCCCUGUUGGACUCAGGAGUCGAAGGUAACUACAUGGAUGAGAGUUUUGCCCAGGAGAACUAUGUGGAACUCUUUGAGAAACCUUAUGCAGAGAGAGUCCGUGGUGUGGCUCGCCGCCUGAUUGGCAAUGCACCUAUCUGGAUGUGCUCUUCGCCCCUGCUGUGUGUCCAGCAGAAUCACUACGAGUACCUUGAAUUUGACAUCGUAUCUUCACCCAACUUCUCCAUCAUCUUAGGCAAGAUAUGGCUCCAAACCCAUGCACCUGAAGUCAACUGGGGCAGAAGCCGUUGUACCUUCCACUCUCCCUACUGUCUGAAGAAUUGCUUCAACCGACCUCCACCAUGCAUUGCACUAGAGAAAUUCGGAAUAAGCCUACUACCCGGAUUGCCACACGCAUACUCAGACCUGGCCGACGUGUUCAACCCGAAGGAGGAUGAUGAGACUUCCGACCAGCCAAGCUCAGACGGAUCCGAUGAUCUUUCUGAAUCAGAGCCCUCUGAGCUUCAGCAGGCUGGAGACAGUGAUCAAAACGGCGUCUCUCUCGAGGGUGGAUCCAGAGCGACUGCGAAAUCUGUGAAGGCUGAGCGAGAAAAAGCCAGGCAGCAAGAGGAAGGCUGGAUACUGUCUGACAUGCUGGAGUACACACGCGACAUCCCACAGAUAAUACCAGAACUGUUUGACCAGUUACAUGGUGCUGCGUGGUUCACAAAACUGGAGCUAGUGGGGGUUGACAAAAGCGAGAUGAGGUACAGCCUCGCACACACAGAAGACACAUGGAGUGCAUCGUUUGGUUAUAGCAUUGGCCAGUUGAGAUGCUACAGGCCCUACACAGUAAGCACAUUCUCUGAUGAAAGUGAAGGCAUUGCUCAUGCUAUUCUAAAAGACAUCAUAGGUUACUUUGUGAUUUGCCAUGGCAGAGAGGUCCUAGUCUAUUCAAUGAGCCAGGAGGAACACCCUAAGCAUGUACGCCAAGUCCUGGUCCGCUUUCGGCGUCACAAUAUCUACUGCAACCUGGACAAGACUCAAUUCCACCGGAAGACCGCAGAAAUCUUGGGCUUUGUAAUAUCCUCCAAAGGGGUGAAACUGAGCAAGAACCUCGUGAAUCUCAUUGUGGGGUUUCCUGUCCCUGACAGCAGGGAGUGUCUCGAAAAAGCGAUGCAGCUUGUCUAUCCCUAUCGUCACUUCGUGGACAACUUCUAUGGCAUCGCACAGCCCCUGGUGAGACUGCUGCUGAGUUCAGAGCCCUACUACUGGGGAGAAGAGGAGCACGAGGCCUUCGAAGCCCUAAAGAGGGCUUUCAUCAAGUCGCCUGUUCUCCAUCACCCUAAGCCUCACAACCCAGCCUUCCUGGAAACAAACAUCACCGACUCAUACCUAAAUGCCUCCCUGGUCCAAAUUGACUACGAAACUGGCAGAAAAGCUACCUGUGCUUUCUACUCAAGACCCCUGUCCCAAGCAGAGGAGAAGUACUCUCAAAGGGAGAGGAGGAUCCUUCCAGUCCGGGCUGCCUUGAUGGUGUGGUAUCGCUACCUGGAGAACACCGAGGAGCCCAUCAUGAUCCUUCUCAACACAGAGGAUCUAGCCUCUCUGAAUAAUGACAGGCUCACCGUACUUCUCCCGGUGCAUUGGACCUUCUUCUUCACACACUUCAAUUUCAGUGUCAUGGAGACGCCAGAUCCAGAUGACAUCUAUGCCCUGUACCGCAGAUGUUGUAACCAGAGACACUCCAGAGCAAGGUGUCUAAGGCCAUUGCUGCUUAGGUCCAUGAGGGCAAUUCAGAGGAACUCCUCCUCUGAUUUCGAGUCCCAGGGCAUGUCUGAGGGCGUGUCCGAGUUCGAGUCCCAGUUCGAGUCCCAGGGCGUGUCCCAGGUCGUGUCCCAGGGUGUGUCCCAGGGUGUGUCCCAGGGUGUGUCCCAGGUCGUGUCCCAGGGUGUGUCCCAGGGCAUAUUCGAGGAGUACCAUGGCGUGUCCGACAACAUGUCAGACCUGGAGUCCGAGGGCGAGUCUGAGGAGGAGUCUGAUGGGGAGUCCGAGGGAGACUCCGAGGGGGGCUCCGAGGGGGGCUCCGAGGGGGGCUCCGAGGGGGGCUCCGAGGGGGGCUCCGAGGGGGGCUCCGAGGGGGGCUCUGAAGGGGACUCCGAAGGGGACUCUGAGGGAGACUCUGAGGGAGACUCUGAGGGAGACUCCGAGGGGGGGGGCUCCGAGGGGGGCUCUGAAGGCAGCUCCGAGGGGGACUCUGAGGGGGGCUCCGAAGGGGACUCCGAAGGGGACUCCGAGGGCGAGUCCGAGGGCGAGUCCGAGGGCGAGAUCGUGGCCGAGUUCGUGUACGAGUUCGUGGCGGAGUUCGAGAGCGAUUUCGAGAGCGAGUUCGAGGGCGAGUCUGAGGGCGAGUCUGAGUUCGAGUCUGAGAACGAGGAGGACAGUGAAGAAAGGCAGCGGAUGCGGGAGAACUUGGUGCGGGAAGUACUGGCUGCCAUCCCAAUGGACCAGAUCUACCAUGGCUUCCUGGUCAACUUCAGCGUGACCCAGAUCCGGGUUGUUGUCCUAAACUUCUUCCGUGGCGUGUUCUAUUGGAAGACUGCCCUGGGUGUGGCAGCCCUCCUGGUGAUGAUGAGAGCGAGGCGGCCCGUCAGCCCACCGCCUGCCCCCUCUUUGGAAGUGGCCAGGCCUCAGCACCGCCACACGCUCCGACUCAUCCUGGACUCGAGCCUCAUUGCUACUCGUGGCAUGGCCACCGCCAUCAUUCAGUUUUUCAGCCAGAUGCCCCCUCUAGUGGGUGCCAACGCCCUUCCAGUUCGAGAACUGGCUGAGCUGUUCCUGCGCCCGAGGCGCUGGCGUCGGAAUGCUCUGCGUGCCCAACAUGGACCGGGGCUGCAAUUCACUCCUGCGUUCUGGUUGACUCUGUGUGAGUUCUUCGGAGUCAGAGUCAACCCUGAGGAUGACAUCUUCCCUGACCCACACCAGCACCGGUACUUGGAACUGCACGUCGUUGGAGAUGAAGAUGUCGUCUUGCGAGAAGCCCUGCAAGACGACCUGCAACGUUACCGUCAGUGUGGCCUGCAUGACGGCCUGCAAGACACCUCGCAGGACGCGCAGGACAACGACGUGCAAGAGGACCUGCUUGGUGACCAAGAAGCGGUCACCUUCCGCCCACGAAAUCUGUUGGACCCAGAGGUCCUAGAUUUCCUCAACAACCGGCUACUCUACACCCUUGGCGCCGAUGGCCGCCUUACUCUGCUUAGCAGAGAUCAGGUGGCCCGAGCCCUCACACGGUUCCUGACCAUGGCCUACAGAAUGGCAGCACUGCCUUACCCAGCCAUGGGAUUGGCAAGACUAGAAGAGAUAACUGACUCGGAUGACGAACUUGACUGA